CCGUCUCUCUGCGCGUUCACAUCAUUCCUGUCUUCAUUCCUCACAUAGUUCACAUGGAGAUUGUGCUGUUCUUCACCUCACAGCUUCACCUCGUCCUCUGUGUAUUAAAGCGUCAGCAAACAGGUCAAAAAGCACAGGUUCACUUCUAUGGUGUUUACGGCUAAGCUAAAGGAAAGGAGAGAAGAGGAGAGAAGAGCAACACGACAUCACACCAUCACAUCAGCACUUUGGGACGUUUUCUUCGCUUUAUCUCAAACCUUUCACGUGUAAAACCGGAUAAAAAAAACCACCUCAAGACUGAAGACGGAUCUACAAACGGCUUCGUUUCUUCUCACCUGCUUCAACAGAAAUGGCUCUCUCCAUCUUCUCCCAGGUUUUUUCGUCAGUCGUCGUUCAGACUCGGCUGCAGGUCCCAGGCGUCUCGAUGGACACAAGCAGCUGGAGUGGCAGUGAGAGUGGAGGAGAGGAGAUGGAGAGGAUGAACGACUCGAGCGAAAAGCCCACCGACAGUGACGCGGAGGGCGUGUGGAGCCCCGACAUCGAGCAGAGCUUUCAGGAGGCACUGGCCAUCUAUCCACCUUGUGGCCGCCGCAAGAUCAUCCUCUCUGAUGAAGGCAAGAUGUACGGUCGUAACGAACUGAUAGCCAGAUACAUCAAACUGAGGACCGGGAAGACAAGAACGCGAAAGCAGGUCUCCAGUCACAUUCAGGUUCUGGCUCGGCGUAAAUCCAGAGAGCUUCAUACUAAACUUAAGGAUCAAAGCGUGAAGGACAAAGCGCUCCAGAGCAUGGCGGGGAUGUCUUCUGCUCAGAUCGUGUCGGCCACGGCCAUUCACAGCAAGCUGGGCCUGGCGGGUCUCCCUCAGCCCAGCUACCCUGCACCGCCAGGGUUUUGGCAGCUGUCUACGGGCCAUCCUGGAUCGUCACAAGACAUCAAGCCGUUUACACAGCAAGCCUUCCCCAUUCAGGCCGCCACGGCGUUAUCAGGUUACGAGCCACCCAGAGCCCCCGCAGCGACUCCUCCGGCGUGGCAGGGACGCUCCAUCGGCACGAGCAAACUGCGACUCAUCGAGUUCUCCUCCUUUCUGGAACAGGAGAGAGACCCAGAAUCUUACAACAAGCACUUGUUCGUACACAUCAGCCAGACGAGCCACUCGUACAGCGACCCGCUGCUGGAGUCGGUGGACAUCCGCCAGAUCUACGAUAAGUUCCCUGAGAAGAAAGGAGGCUUGAAGGAGCUGUUUGGGAAAGGGCCACAGAAUUCCUUCUUCUUAGUCAAGUUCUGGGCGGAUCUGAACUGUAACGUCCAGGAAGAUUCGGGCGCGUUCUACGGCGUGAGCAGUCAGUACGAGAGCCCGGAUAACAUGACCAUCACCUGCUCUACUAAAGUGUGUUCGUUUGGGAAGCAGGUGGUAGAGAAAGUGGAGACGGAGUACGCUCGCUUCGAGAACGGCCGAUUUGUGUACAGAAUAAACCGCUCGCCCAUGUGUGAAUACAUGAUCAACUUCAUCCACAAGCUCAAACACCUGCCUGAGAAAUACAUGAUGAACAGUGUGUUAGAGAACUUCACCAUCCUGCUGGUGGUGUCGAACAGAGAAACCCAGGAGACGCUGCUGUGCAUCGCUUGUGUGUUUGAGGUGUCCAACAGUGAACAUGGAGCUCAGCAUCACAUCUACAGACUGAUCAAAGAAUGAGACACCACUUCAUCCUCUCUCGCUCUUACUCACAAUCUCACACACACACACACACACACACUAAAGACACUGAGCUGCUGCCCUGCUGGUCAGAGAGAGCCAGAGCGCAUCACUUCCUGUGUCCACAGAGGCCUGAUGUGUGGCGCUUUUGCUCCAAGCUGCUGUUCUGCGCGGCUCCGAGAGACUUUACACUCAGUGAUGAACUCGUACCUCUGUAGCGGUUGUGCCUCUGUGCGUAUAAACCCUCCGGUUUGCUCGGUCACAGCUGGACCGUGCCUUUAACGACUACAUUUCUGUCUUAAUUGUUCUAUAUGUUCUCCAUCUGCACUGGUGCAGGGAGUGACGGUGAAACGGAGGUACGUUUUGUUACUUUUUCAUUUAAUACCGAUUUCGUUUUUUAAUGUCACUGAAGAAUAUUGUGUAUUUUUUAGUACAAAGAAAAUGUACUUCUUAUUCUAAAAGGACAAGCGUAAUGUCUCAUUUUGUCACUGAAAUAAAUCGUAGUCCUGUUUGGAGUUUAAAACUGAA